AUGAUGAAGAGGAGGACGUGAAGUUUGAGAGAAAAAGAGAAAAAGAUAAGCCAAACAAAGCUUAAGAAUAAGAUCUUUUAAAACUACGUCGUUUCUUAUAAUUGUUCAAGAAGAUUCAGUUAUUCUGCAACUUCCGGUAGCCUCCACAGCAAAUCACCUCCGUUUUCCGGCAAAGAAUGCUUGGUUUCCGGUGAUGAGAUAUAAGAAUCAUAAUCACCUUCUGGAUUUAUCUGUACAAAGAAAUUUUAGAUUAGAUGGAGCGCAAUAGAGAAGCUAGAAGAGUCAGUAUGGCAGCUGGUAAUGGCUUAGCGUCAAGAAGACGACACCGAAGUGGUAGCCUAAGAGACUCUCCCGAAGACGACGGACCGGUGGAGUUACAAGAAACGGCGAGAUUAAGAGAUCGAGGACCGGUAAAAAAAGAUCGGGAACGAGAUCGGGAUCGAGAGCGUGACCGGGACAGAGAGCGUGACCGGGACCGUGACCGCGACCGAGACAGGGAGCGCGAGCGGGAGAGGGAGAGAGAUCGGAUGAUGAGUAGCGCUAGUAGAGGGAAGAGAAGACGAGGAGAUAGAUUGAUGCACGGGAAUAGUAUUAGAGAAGACGGAGGCGUAAACGACGAUAGUUCUGAAGAAAGUGUAAACGACGAAGAAGAAGACGACGACGACGACGGAGCUGCGGGUUUAGGUUUAGGUAGUUCGAUGAGGAUGUUACCGCCGAAUCCUUCCUCUAUUUCUUCUUCUUUGUCUAAUCAUCAUCACCGUAAAAGCUUCCCUCCGCCGUCCAAAGUUUUUAGGUCAGCGGCGGCGGCGCCAGUUAAUACAGCGGCAGCAGCCGUAACAACAUCGCCGUGGAAGGCGCCUGAUGAAAUGAUUGGCGUGUCGGUUCCUAGAAAAGCUCGGUCAGCUUCAACUAAAAGGUCUCAUGAAUGGGCGUCAAGUUGUGGAGUUGGUGGUAGUGGUGUUGAGCAAAUUCACGGCCAAGCUUCUCCGUCUCCGGUGAGAUCGAGUGGUCCUAGUGCUAUGUUAGCUUCGGCUUCCGCUUCGCCUGCUCCGGUUUCGCCUCCGUCUUCAUCUAAUGCUUCAGUUAAAAAGAAAAUGAAGCCGAAUGGACCUAAGCAGAGACCGCCGAAAUCAUCACCGAAGUUCAAUAGUACUACUUCAAAUCAAGAAGAGAUUGAGAUCGAGAUUGCUGAAGUUUUAUACGGAUUGAUGAGACAACCUCAAGGUCCUUCAAAGCAAGAAUCAACAAACGAUUUGAUGAAGUUUGAAUCGAGAGAUUCGAGUAAUAAUAAUAUCAGUAAAUCCACUGGUGAUGCUAAAUCCAGAGUUUCAUCUCCGAUCUCUAAUCUACCUCAUUCUUCUUCAAUUCCGCCUACUAAUUCUAGCUCAUCCGCGGCUCCUAUGACUAUAAGUGCUCCAAAGAGAAAAAGACCAAGACCAGUGAAGUAUGAGGAAGAUAAUCCAUCAGUUUAUCCAGCAAGAAACAAUCCCAUUUCGUCUACAAUCAAGUCUGAUAUUGAUCAGCCUGCAAAAGUUGAAAAUUGUUCUCACAGUUUGGAUAAAAACUCAGGAUCUUUAGUUGAAAAUGGCGCUGUUUAUCUUGAUACUAUCGCCAAACAAGCUGCUGCACCAGCGUCAAUAGAGCAAAAGGUUGAGCUGGUGAAGUCUGAGAAUGAUCUGUUAUCUGAUUCAAAGCCGGCGAUUCAAGAAUCAGAUAGCAAAAGAGAUUCAGUUGUAAAUCAAGAAGAGCCCUCUCGGUCGCCUAGAAAAGAAUCUCCCUCCAUUUCUGCUAUGAGAUUGGAUGAUGAUCGCGAGGGAGCCACAGCCGCUAAAACAAAUUCGACUGUUUCUGAGAUUGAAACCGUGCGAGAAGAGAAGUUCCAAAUAGAUCUAAUGGCUCCACCCCCAUUAAGAUCAUCUCCAGAAAGGGACAGCGAGGUUGAUUAUGUGGCUGUAGAUCCUAAAGCAGUAGUCACAGAUAUGGAAAUGGAAAAGAAGUCCACGGUCAAAGAAGUUAAUAAGGCGGUAAGAAUCGGAAAAGAUGGGAGUAUGGGUUCUGAGGAGAAAAAGGAAAAAGUCAUUGCUGAAGAAAUUGAAUCCCAGAAACCAAUUAUUAAAGAAAGAAACAUUGAUCUGCAGCUCGAUUUGGAGAAAUCUGACAGAGAUAGCGGCAAUGUUACCGGAAGUGGUAACAAGGCGCAUCACCAUGUUCAGAAGCAACCGAACAGUGACAAAGCUGCUCAAUCAAAUUCCCUUCCUUUGCCUAUGUCUAUGGCGAGCUGGCCUGGUGGGCUUCCUCACAUGGGAUAUGUGGCACCUCUGCAAGGAGUUGUAACUAUGGAUGGGAGCUCUGUACCUCAGGCAGCUAUACAGCCUCCACAUUUGCUUUUUAGCCACCCGAGGCCAAAAAGGUGCGCUACGCAUUGCUACAUUGCACGGAAUAUUCAUUAUCACCAGCAAUUUACAAGGAUGAAUCCCUACUGGCCAGCAGGGGCCGCUGGUUCUGCUUUGCAAUUUGGGGCAAAGCCAUGCAAUGUGAAUGUAGUGCCUUCAACUGAUUUGCAUGCCGGGAGGGCUAUUAACGCUGCGCAAGAAAAGGGUCAGAGUCUGGCCAUCUUCCCUGGUCAGAGUGUAAAGGAUAAGAACUCUCAAGCUGCCAACAUUGUAGAUGCUGCGCAAAGAAAGCAAAUUUUGCUUCAACAACCACUACCUCCAGGAGCACCCAGUAAUAUCUUGCAUGGUCCUGCUUUCAUCUUCCCUUUAAAUCAGCAACAGGCAGCUGCUGCAGCUGCUGCUUCAGUCCGACCUGGGACUGUGAAGUCUCCUCCUGGUCCAGGUAGCGCACCUUCGUCAAGCACCUCUAGUUCUGCGUCAUUGAAUGCUGGUGCUACAGCAAUGAGCUUCAACUACCCAAAUAUGCCUGGCAAUGAAACCCAGUACUUGGCGAUAUUGCAGAAUAGUGCAUACCCAAUUCCAAUUCCUGCACAUGUAGGGGCAACACCAACUUAUAGAGGAACCCCCUCGCAGGCGAUGCCUUUCUUCAAUGGGUCUUUUUAUUCAUCCCAAAUGAUCCAUCCUUCACAUCUUCAACAACAACAGUCCCCAAAUCCACACUCUCAACAGGGGCAACAAGCUCACCAGAAUGCAAGUAUUUCCAGUUCUUCAUCAUCUCAAAAGCAUCUGCAGAAUCAGCAGCAGAGGCCUCAUGGAAGUAUUAAUGGUGGCAAUGGAAAUUUGCAAAGCUUUUCUACUUCAAAAAACCAGUCAGCGCAGCAACAGCUGCAGCAUCGGCAGCAGAUGCAGAACCAGAAUGCCCCCCAUCAUGGUCGCCAGCAUGAGAGUGAUUUAGGUGAAGAUAGCCCUUCUACUGCUGAUAGUCGAGUUGCUCGAGCAACCAUGAAUAUAUAUGGUCAGAAUUUUGCAAUACCCAUGCAUCCGCCAAAUUUUGCUUUGAUGGCUCCAUCAAUGAGUGGGGCAACUACUACAAGUGGCAAUCCUGGUGAAAAGAAACAACAGCAGCAAUCACAAUCACAAGGCUCUAAGAUUGAGCCAUCUCAGGCCUUUGCCAUGUCAUUUGCUUCCAUUAAUGGAGCCACAGCUCCUCCGAGCCUUGAUAUGGCAUCAAUUGCACAGAAUCAUGCUAUUCUACAGAGUCUUCCAGAAGCUGCCAGACAAGGGUAUCAGUUUAUGGCAGCUGCGGCUGCCCAAGCAGCUCAGCAGAAGAAGAAUUACCGUGCUUCUGAAGAAGGGAAAACUGGUGGUACUGCUGAUGGUCCAAAUGCAGAAGAUGACAGGAAGACGAUUCCAGGAGGAAAGUCACAGGCAACUGCUGGGCAGUCGAUUGCUUUUUCUCGGCCAGAUUUAACAGAUGCAUCUGUUUUAACCAUGCCAGGCAACACUGUGAUUGAUAGCUCUGUACGACCAUUCAAUCUAGGAUCUGCUCCUGCUCGGACCAGUGGUUCUGUUAUGUCAGCCUCUAUAAGCACUGGAAAUGCUACUAGUAUACAGCAGCAAAUGCAGCGCAAUCAACAGCAACAUCAGCAACAGCAACAACAUCAACAACAGCUUCAACAACAACAACAGCAUCAACAACAACAACAUCAACAUCAUCAGCAAAUGAUUCAACUCCAAAAGCAGCACCAAUUUGCAGCAGCAGCUGCGGCUUCUGCUCGAAGCAAAACGCCCACAACUAAUGGGAGUGUAUACCCAGAACACAUUCCUUCAUCUUCGUCAAUGUCUGCCAAGUUCUCUAAUGCACUCUCAGGGUUUCCCUCAAAUCUUAUACAAAGCGGCAAUAGUCCGGCUCAGUCUCCACAAUGGAACAAUUCUGUCAGAACCACUACAUCCCGAGUUCCUUCGCCAUCUCUUGCCUCCACUUCAACAUCCCUUAAGAACCUUCCCCAACAGCAACAAGGCCGCAUGCAACAAGGACACACACAGAUAUCUUUCGCUGCCAAUCCGAAAGCGUCGGGCGGACCGCAAGGACAGCCAACCCCUAACGGUAAUCAGUCUCCAUCUCCUCCAGUGGCAGUUGGUUCUCCAACUACUUCAGUUUCUAAGAGUGCUGGUGGGAGCCCAAGGACAACAUCAAAUUCCACAAGUAACAAAGGGGGGCAAUCGUCUACACUUUCCUCUCAGCAGGCCAAGAAUUCCUCGUCAGCGCCUGCACAGAAGUCAUCUCCGGUGGGUGGGAGGAAUGUUCAAUCAAUUCUCGGGCAUCCCCAAAAUUCAACGUCAUCUUGUAACUCAGCUACAAAGUCUCAGGUACAGCAGCAGCAGAUUCCGAAGCAUGCACUGCAGCAAGCACAGAUGAUAUACACAAAUAGUUUUAUGCAAGCUCAAGUUCAGCAUGCUGCAGGUUCAACACAUUCAAAUCCCGCAAGUGGGUUUUAUCUCCAAAGACAUCGUAGUGACCAGCAGCACCAGCAACAAGGCUCGUCGGUGACAUCUUCAGGAGGGAUGAUGCUUUGUCCUGUGUCAAUGUCAAAUGCCACUACUACCGAUCCUGCAAAGGCAGUUGCAGCCGCAGCUGCUGCAGCAGCUGCAAAUAGUAUGAAAGGUGGUGGCUUGUCUUCGCAGGGGCUUAUGCACGCCCAGUUUGCUGCUGCACAGUCUUCCGGCAAGACACAUCUCCUACCUGCUAGUUUCCCAUAUGUUCAUGCUGUUCAGGUGAAGCCAGCAGAGCAGAAACAACCAGCUGCGGAUUAGAAUGCCUCCACUACAUUAUAUCAUGGCAACCCCCAGAUGGUGAGCGCCGAAGAUAGCCACCCGUGCUGAAUGAGAUUUGGGUGAACGGGGAUCUUAUCCCCUUUGGCAGUCCGGGAAGCAGCGGACAUAGCCCACGAUUUUGGAAAACAAGUCGAGCCAGUGGGAUGGUAUGUGUACUGAGGUUUUGCUUGCAUUGUUCUGUUGCUCUAGUGUAUAUUAAUCAUCCUAACCGGACAAUGUGCAAAUGAAUCAAAGGAAAAAAAAAAGAAGAGAUCAAAGAAGAUGAUGAUAAUGAGCGUGAGAGAAGAAAAGAAAAAGAUUUGUAUUUUCCUUGUUUAGGGAUAGCAAUGGAGGAUUUAAUUUUCAGUUUUAGUAGAAUUUUCCUUUUUCUCUUUUGGGGAUCUAAUUAUAUUUUCCAGGAAAGAUGAGUAGUAAUUAGACAAAUUUAUAUAUGAACAUAUAUAUGCAGAGGGUGUGUAUGUAUCUGUUAAAACCCCCCUCUAAUUUUUUCAAAUUUAGCCUUCAUUAAGUUUCUCA